GGGUGCUGGUUUUAUUUUUCCCGAUUCUUCAGCAGUAUUGUCUUAAGAGUUGUAUACAGCUGUCAUGGCGAUGUUGUGCUAGCAGAUGUCCCGCGUGGGGACAGCCCAAAGCUACCUAAGCCGAGCAGGGCAGGAACAAAAGUGCCUCCGGCCACCCUGAGUGGGCAUCUGGCAGAGCUGUGGCUGAUAGAAAGCUAACGAACCCUGGAGGUUGGAGAAAAUGUGACGAAGCUAAAAAGCCGCCCGCAGAUGUUUUUCGGAGCUGCCCUCUCACGGGCAGCUGGGUGGGGGCCCGGCAGCCAGCCAAGGUCGGCCCAGCGCAGGCGCUGGAGGAGUUCCUUUGGUAGCGCUCGUUCAGAGUCAGCCUGUGGCUCUGUCUUGGGGGCAGAUGAAACUCGUUGGAGAUGAACCUGUAAGAGACCGGGUGCUUUGCUACACGAGUCUCACGGGCACAGUCCUGUGCCUCAAAGAGUGGUAAAAACCCCCUCAGCAACCCGAAUGUGGCAGCCCAAGCUGUGAAGGGGCACUCCCCCGGUGCGUGGGGAAGCCCAGGGGCUGCCAGCUUCUGGCUACGGGAGGUGCCGGGGCUGUGGCGGCUGCGUGGCUGCAGUGCGUCCCGUGUCACAAAGGGGCAGUGGUGCAGCACCCACUCAGCAAUUGUGACGUCACCUGGCCAGGACCUGGUACCCGAAAAGCGGGCUGGGGAAGUCCAGUUGGGCUGAGCUGGCCUUCGGGAGAACUUGGCUCCUUCCUUUGGUACCCGAGUGCCUCCUUUUUUCCAGGCAUUUCUCCGUUUACUUCCCAUUUCUCUCAGCUUCCACCCUCUGCCAAAGGUAAUUGUGAUUUGACUUUCAGGACAGAUCGUGAGUGUAGGUAGCUGGGGCUAAAAGGGCCUUUGGAAUUGCUGUCAGCCGGAGUCCUGUGACAGGGACAGCAGGGCCAUCAGCCUGCAGCUCGGCAGCAGUUACAAGUACCACUGAAACACUUUGGGUGGCGGCUGCUGUUCUGUGGGUUGCGUUUGAGGGGUUUUAACCAUUUUGAUGAUCUGCGAUUAUUUCGGGGGGAUCGGGGAUUUGCGCUGAUCUUCUCUUUCGGGAGAGCACCCUGACACCCUUUGCCAUCCAAAGCGUCUCGCUCUGUUCCCAAGAGGAGCGAUGGCCACAAUGGGGCACGACUCCCGGGAGUAACGGCUUCCCCAGCAGGUUUGGCAACAGACGUGGCUGGUGCUCCACCCUGGAGUGCUGAUGUGCUGACAAGCUAGAGUGAAUUCUGGGGCCUCUCCUGAUCGCAGCCAGACUGACCCAGGUGUUUUCAAGGAAACAGGAAAAUGUGUCUCCUCACUCCUCGGCCACUAGUACAAGCCUUUGAAAGGUGUCAUUGCUCUUAGAAAGAUCUGGCCUCAGCGGGGUCACCUUCUGGGCUAGAUACUUGCUUGUUUUCGCCACCUCACUAUCAGGAAGAGGGAACACUUGAGCUGAGAAUCCAAUUCCAGACUCCAGAGGGAAGGGAAGGUAGCCCGAGGCACAGAAAUCAGGGCAUGGGUUUGUUGGACUUUUGGCAAAGAAAGCAGGGGAACAGGUGAUGUUCCCAACUGUUCCUUGUCCCGUACAUGUCAAUGGCAGCUUCCGGCGAUGUUUCUGGGCUGGAUGUAGAGCUGGUUGUACUGAGAGCUCCUGUAAAGAACUCGACUUUUCAGUAGGCUUUCAGGCAAGCAUAUGGUGUCAUCUCUUUUCAAAUGUCCUUUCCUUGCAGUCCUUGCCGAGGAAAUGGCUCUGCCACAAAGGAUCCCCAUUGUCCCAGCGACGAUUUGCAUGGAAUGGCAGCAGCGGCAGGGGCCUGGAGCGGGACUGCACAACCUGGGCAAUACGUGCUUCCUCAACUCCGUCCUGCAGUGCCUGACGUACACGCCCCCUCUGGCCAACUACCUGCUCUCUCGGGAGCACAGCCAGUCAUGUGAGUGCUUUUGUCGUUGGCAAGGCUUCUGCGUCAUGUGCAGUAUGGAAAAGCACGUUCACAAGGUCCUGCAUUCCUCAGGCAGUGCCAUCGAGCCUUGGGCUAUCAUCAGUGUUCUCAGACGAAUAGGAGAACACUUUGAGCCUGGCAUGCGGGAAGAUGCCCAUGAAUUCUUACGCUGCACUGUCGAUGCCAUGCAGAGAGAUUGUCUGAGCAAUCACGUGCUGGAGCUGCAGCGCGGUUUCCGAUUCCUACGAGACCUUCCUGGAUAUUCCUUUGGAUAUAGAAGUUCUGCCUCCUCCUGGACGCUGCUUGAGCAUCAUCUAGCUGGGGUUUUGUGUGAACUCCUAGUCAGUGUUUGGGCGAAGGUAUCUCCCGCAGCUCAGCGCUCUCCUUUCUCACUCCUCCAGGCAGCCUCAUCUGUCAGCGCAGCUCUGAAGGACUUUGUGAAACCCGAGAGGCUGGGCGGCACAAACUGCUAUAAAUGUAGCAGGUGCAAAGAGAUGGUGACCGCCUCCAAGAGGUUUACAGUCCACUGCACGCCCAAGGUUCUCACGCUGUGUCUGAAAAGAUUUGACAUUUUCACUGGAAGGAAGAUCAGCAAGGUGGUGGAGUAUCCCGAGACCUUGGAUCUUCGCCCAUACAUGUCUGAGACAGGCGGAGAACCGCUCCUCUACUCCUUAUAUGCUGUCCUGGUACACGGCGGUGACGGCUGUCACACAGGACACUACCACUGCUAUGCAAAGGUAAAGAGCAGCUUCCUUCCAAACGAGGGAAGAGCGUGUGCUGGGGAAGACAAAUGUUCAUGGCAGUGUUACUGGCAGCCAGGGUUGUGGGGGAGAAGGUCUCCUUAGGGGCUGGAUUGGAUUUGUUCUGAUGGACUCUUGGCUCUGUCGUUUUCUGCCUGUGUUUUUGUUGAAAAAGAGGCGGUUUGUCUCCAGAUAUUGAUGCCUUUUUUACAGGCCAGCGAUGGGCUCUGGUAUAUGAUGGACGAUACGUUUGUGGGGAGUUGUGACAUCGAGACAGUCCUCAGUCGGCAAGCCUAUUUACUGUUUUAUGUCAGGUAAAAACAAGUCUUCAAAUGUGCUUGGAAUACAUCUCCUUUUCCUGGCUUGGAUUUUUUUCUUCUCCUCCUCUUUCUUUCUCUUCCUGUGUUUCUGCUAUGGGAGACCAUUACUUCCUGCACCCUUCAGCGCUGUCAAGCCCGAUCUACCCCCCCAUCAGUCCUUCUCUCUCCUUGCUGGGCUUGAGGUUGCUGCCCUGGUGUAAACUGCUACUUGCCUGCUAUCUGAAGCUGGCUAAUGUAGAGAAGUGUGCUUAAAGGGGGCCUACAGGAAAGACGGGAGGGACUCUUUGUCAGGGGGUGUAGGGAUAGGAUGAGGGGUAACAAUUUUAAACUGGAAGAGGGUAGAUUUAGAUCAGAUCUAAGGAAGAAAUUCUUUACUGUGAUGGUUGUGAGACACUGGAAGCGGUUGUCUGGAGAGCUUGUGGCUGCCCGCUCCCUGGAAGUGUUGAAGGCCCCGAUGGA